AUGGAGCGGCUGGAGGCCGCUGCCCUUCCAAUGGACGAGUGCUGCCUGAUUUCGCAGGCCGCAGCUGCUCUGACCGGGGUCGGUGGCCGGGAAAACUCCCCUCCGGCAAUCUUUCGAGCCGCAGAUGUUGAUCGGACGGCUGCUGUCGGCGGAGUUACAGGACCAGCACAUACAGUCAAGAUGAUUCAGUUAAAGACGCUGCUAAAUUGCAUCGACAACUCCGGUGCCGCCGUGGUGGAAUGCGUGAACGUCCUAAAAAAGAAACGCGCCGCAACAGUCGUUCUCCGUGAUUUAGGUGACCGGAUUGUUAUUGUCGUCCAAAAACAGCGAAACUUCGGCCCCGAAGGCACAAGCAGCACCGGUAUUGCCAACAAGGUUCGCCGAGGAGAUAUCCGCCACGCCGUCGUCGUUCGAGUGAAGAAGGAAAUGCAGAGGCCAGACGGAACUCUCGUCAGGUUCGAUGACAACGCCUGCGUGCUUGUGAACAAGGCUGGAGACCCGAUCGGAACCAGAAUGAACGGAGUCGUGGCUACGGAACUCCGGGGGAGACAGUGUGGCAGCAGACAUAGUAAAGUUUCUGAAAGACAGUUAGACACCGAGCACCGAACAAUCCAGAGAUUCAAGGUGCUCACCAUUCCGGUUUCCGCAGACCGCUGCUGGGACUGGAAGAAUACUGCCUCAGGAUGCGCACACUUCGGACAGACCUUGUUGGAUCGAGGGAGCUGUAGAAAGAAAGCGCAACAAGAAAGCGCACACGUAACAAGAGAUGGGUUCGCCGCAGAACAGGCACAAGCCGGAGAGACAAACCGUAGGAUCACUUCCCACAUCCUGGGUCACACCAGCGGUGUCGCCGACUUGGCUGGUGAGCUUGUUUUGAUAAACGCAGUUGGAUGUUGCGGGCUCGCCGACAUGGCAGGUUCGGCAUGUAAACUGCAGGCGGUUGUUGAUGCGGUCUUCCUUCGGGUAGAGCAAGUUGGAGCAUUCGCGGCAGAAGCGGAAAUGGACCUGUUCGGUCUGCUUGUUAUCGCCAUCGGCGGACGGAGACGGACUGGCAGACAUUUCUGCGGUGUAGAGUCGAAGAGAGCGGGGAGGUUAUUUACCUCAGUUCGUACUUCUGAACAGCUGCUGAAGCUCGCAGACGAAAUGGCAAACACGGGUCUUCCAGCAGGAUGGGAAGUUCGCCAUUCGAACUCCAAGAACCUUCCAUACUACUUCAACCCCGCCACCAGAGAGUCGCGAUGGGAGCCCCCAGCGGACACGGACAUGGAAUCUCUCAAGGUGUACAUGGCUAAAUACCAUAGCGGCGCCGGUGCUUACCCAGAAGCUCCCAGUCAAGACGGCAAGAUCCGUUGCAGUCAUCUUCUAGUCAAGCAUAGAGACAGUAGACGGCCGAGCAGCUGGAGGGAGGCUGAAAUUACUCGAACAAAAGAGCAGGCGCGCGAAAUUCUGCGCGGUCAUCAGGAGCGCAUCCUGCGGGGGGAGGUCCGAUUAGGAGAUCUUGCAACGUCCGAGUCGGACUGCAGUAGUGCUAGGAAGAGGGGUGAUCUUGGCUUUUUCGGUCAUGGUGAAAUGCAAAAAGAGUUUGAAGAAGCAGCGUUCGCCCUGCAACCAGGCCAAGUUAGUGACAUUGUUGAGUCAGGAUCUGGUCUUCACCUCAUUGAGCGGCUUCAAUAA